AUGCUCCAAAGCCUUGUUAAAAAAGUUUGGAUUCCCAUGAAGCCCUACUAUACUCAAAUUUACCAGAUUUGUGUAGGAAUGGGGUUGAUGGGUGUCAUUUAUAACAUCAGAAGUGCUGAUAAAAUAAGUAAAGCUUUGAAAGCUUUGAGUCCUGCACCUGCUUGUAGUCAUCAUUAA